AUGCAGCUCCAGUUGGCAGCAAGGCUGAACAACCAUUUUCCUUCUGUCCACUACUCUCAAGAAGGAUUUGAACAGUCUCCCUCAGCUGCGCAGCCAAAGAAUUACGACUGUGAAGUCAGUGAUACAUCGGCCUUGUACUUACGAGGAGAUAAUUGUAGCAACAACGACUCUAACCACUUUUCAGAGCUGGAUCAACUUGCUCAGAGGAUGAACACAGGAGAAGGUGGUCUUCAGUAUGUGCGGAAUAGUAUAGGGGAGAAAUCCUCGCUCGGAUUGUCUCAUGGUCAUUCGAGUCAAGACCAUGGUGCUCAGUGCGUCAAUCUGGACUCUGAGUUUUCCCAGAGAAACAAGGUUUACUCAUCAAACCACACGUUGGCCAGUCAUCAACAAAUCAUUCAAGAACCAGUGAUCAUCUACGAGUUUCCACAAGAACAGGAGAGGCCCGGACAUCUAUACAUGAUGAACACAUACGGUUCAACUUGUGCAACUAAUAUUCCGUCGCAGGCGUCUAAAAUGCACAAUCAAGAUUAUCACAAUAUUGCAGUCCAGCAUGAUUUUGAGCAGGAUCUCGCGCUCAACAGAUUGACAGACUUGAUCCAGCUCCAAGGGACUACAUUCAUGAAGGAAUAUCAACCACAACAUGUACAAGCUCAUCAAAGGCACUUGUCAUUGUUCAACAAUAACCCAAGCGAGAUUCGAGGACGAUCAUGUCAAGGAGAUCUUCAAGAGAUAAACAGACAGAGUACUGGCGGUGAGAUUGCCGCAUGGGAGGGGAUCAAUAAGACCAAUGAAGAUAUGUUUCAUCAACAGGAGCAGUACGAUCAACAACAAGCUUUCCUUAACUUUCUGAGAUUUUCCAAUGCCCCUCAUGGAGGAAGCAAGUUUUCCCGACGUGACAGUGUGGAUGGAAAGUCAUUAUACAGGAGAAGCAAGAGUCCUGAAGAUGAACAUGAGCUGCUAGAACUAUUUGACGGGCGUUCCAGUGGAUCUGUGACCGUCGCUGCAACUGCGGUUCUCCACAGCGAGGCCAGCGCUGUUAAUCCAAGAACGAGCUACGAUGAUUGCGUUCAAAUAAGAUCGCUACCAGCAGUCGAGCCAAGAAUGAAACAAGUCUUCAGAACAGAGAAACAGAGGAGAGACUUCAUCAAAGAGAGGUAUAAGACAUUGCAGUCUUUGGUUCCCAGAUACUCCAAGACUGAUCGUGCUUCUAUUGUGGGAGAUACCAUUAACUAUAUUCAUGUACUACGAAAGCAAAUCAGAGAGCUGACCCUGAAGAAAGAGAAGAGGCGAGAAAGAAAGAUAAUUGAGAGGAGCCAAACAACUGGGGAAGGUUGUGCAGAGUCUCACGACGAGAGACCAAGAAACUAUGAAAGAGCCCUUUCAGAAUUCCGGAUCUCCGAUGAAAAUGAACUACGAUUGGCAUCUAAGCGUGGAGCAGCUAUAAAGUUUCAGCUCACUGCUGAUGAGCUGCAUGUUAAUAUAGUGCAAAAACGUGAGCCGUAUUUCCUCAAUCGCUUUCUGGCUUCUCUUACUCGAUUUGAUCUGGUCAACUCUUCGGGUGGCAUAAUUGACAAUCAUCACAUCCAGAGUUUCAUUCUCAAGAUCAAGGGCAACUUACGACAAGUCUCCGUUAAGCUGAUAAACAACAUUAUGGAUACUUUAGAUCAGAUCUGAAUUCUAGAAUUUAUACUUUGAAUGCCCAUUUUCGCUAUUUAUACAUUAUUUAAUUAUAGGUUUGGAAUCUACGAACAUGACAAAUUCAUAUUUACUCUAAGCUCGUCUCAAGUUUUCCCGUAGAUUCUACUUGUUUGUAAUAUUAGUUAUUGAAAUUUAGCGAGAGAAGAGCUCUGUAUCCAAAACUCAUGCUCGCUUUUCAAUAUUAUUCAACGUCCUCUACGAUUCA